UUGGCAGGACACCAGGAGAUCCAGCUGGAAGGAUGAUGGAAGGACAGAUUUCACAGCAAACAUUACAUUUUCGCAACCCGUAUUCAGAGGAAAACGGACCAGUUCCUGCAGUGCCAAGUAGACUACCAGUAUUGCAAUAUGGAAACCCUUAUGCAAUUCAGGAAAGAAGAGAUGGAGCAGAUGGUGCUUUUAAUCCUGAUGAGAUCCAAAGACCACCUGUUAGAACUUCCUUUUGGGAGCUGGAAGAUGAUGUAGUGUGUAGCCAGCCCUCACGCAACCUCAGUCGGCCUGAUGGUUUAGAAGAUCCUGAGGAUAGCAAUGAUGAUGACAAUGCUGUACCUUCUGCUCCUGAUCCUCCAAGUCUUCUCUUGCGUGAGCGUGGGACAGGUUUCUGCUUUGAUUCCAGUUUUGAUGUGCACAAGAAAUGUCCUCUCUGUGAUGUGAUGUUUCCUCCAAACUAUGACCAGAGCAAGUUUGAGGAACAUGUUGAGAGCCACUGGAAGGUUUGCCCUAUGUGCAGUGAGCAGUUCCCACCUGACUAUGACCAGCAGGGGUUUGAGAGGCACGUUCAGACACACUUCGAUCAGAAUGUAUUAAAUUUUGAUUAAACACUUUGUUUUGCAGUGUAGCUUAAAAAACCCACCAUUUUGAGUAGUCCACCUACAGAACAGAACCAGUGCAGCUUUCUGUAGCAGUGCAAACUUCUGAUUAAAAGCUCAUGUACUCUAAGGAGAGCUGUGGCGAGCUGUGACUGUAAGCUGCUAUGGGGUUAUCUUUCCUGCCUAACAUUGUACUAAAGAAACCCCCACCUUGUCUGUGUAGCUAUUUAUUCCCCUACUUACUGGAAUUU